CAACAUAAUGGAGGCGAGGUUUCUCUCUCUAGGAAACACGAAUGAACAGUGCCACGAGGCUGUUCAUCGCCAUUUCUCCUUCAUUUUGAGCUCUUUUCUUCUGAUUUUUGGAACUCUGGCUUCUCUUACAACGGAUGAUUCCAUAUUAGAGGUUGAAUCGCUGAUUUUGUGGCUGAAUUAUGAAUAAUCGAAGAUCAACGCUUGGGAUGGUACUGUUCACUCGCGAACUUUGCAGCUUGAUUCACGUCGUUCCAAGAACUUUUGAUGGCCAAUUUUCUCAGAUUACGGGCGAUUUGUGAUCUUCUUUCAAGGUAUGAGAGUGGAUUUCAUUCCCGUUUGAUUUUUAUUCGAUUUGUGGAUUUUGAGACUAGGUUUACCCUGUUCAUUUUGCGACACUAGAGUGCGAUUGGCACUGGUCCAUGCCUGAUUUUGGGUCCAGCUUUUGUGGGUUCUCAUUGACGAUGUUGAGGACUUGUUUGUGAUGAUUUUGGUCUUGCGGUCCAGCAAACUUGUUUGUUCUUCAUUGAUGAAUGACUUUCUGGAUUUGUACUACUAGGCAUAAUUAGGCGUGUGUUUUUGUUAUUGUUUCCUUCUAGUUGGGUUGUGUAUUAGGGGUGGUGUGGAUUCUUCUUGCUGUGAUGAGGGGGUGGAAAUUUUCUAGGCAAUGUCAUAACAUUUGGUACAGGUUUGCCAUUUUACCCUAGCCCAGCCCCGAUUUCCGAUGGAGUAGCAACGAUGUACAAUACCGUGCAUGGGUAAGGAGAGCGACGGUUUGCAGCGACCUGAAGAUGAUUUAACAGCAUGUCCAGCCCUAAAGUCCGAAAAAAGUAGCAUCCAUGGUUGUUUCUUGGUAUAAUCUUCAAAUUUGGUUUGUUCUUUAUAUGAUUCGUCCUUGAUUAGGUUUGAUUUUGUGUUCAUCUUCUAUUUUAGUACAAUUUCUUAUGUUUAAGUGCUUCAAAAGAUCUGAAAUUGGUUUUGGUUGUGUUGAAAGGUUGGUUUGAUUUUAUUUUGAAUCUAAUAUGAGUUAUGUGUGUUGACUUUGGGCUUUCAAUUGUCACUUUAAUCACAGGAUUUGUUUGAUUAUUAAAAGAAUGAAUAUAUUAAUCUCAUUUUGUGGUACCAUCUCAGAGUUUUCAUUUCUUUUGCUUCUUUAGGCUCCUGUUAAGGUUCUUGUCAUACUCAUUAAUGAAGAUAAAGUGUGAGAAGUGGGGCUUGGGGAGAACUUACGAGUCCGAGUAUCUGGGAUUGAGGAAGAUGAUAUCUUAUCAGGCUCUGUUCUAUGCUGUGUUGUAAGGCCAGUCCCUGCUGUUACACGGUUUGUUGCGCACUUGUCAAUCAAGGAGUUGCUGGAUAAUGUUGGCUUCUUAAGAGCACGACUUCUGCUAUGUGGUCUUCUUAUAUUGUGCAAAUAGAUGAACUUCAAUUGUUAAAUAGAUGUAUAUGAACUACUUUGGAGAUUGAGGACUAAAGUGGAUGCUUUACAAGAAAAUAUUGCUAGAGCAAGAGAUGUAUUCAGAAAUGUUAUUGAGGGGACAAAUAACUAAAUUAGGCAUGCCGAAUGGACAAUUAGAGUGUGAUUUUAAUUAUAGAAGGCCAUGUUAGCGGUCUUCUUGACAGCGAAGAGAUUAACCCCGUACUUUCAGGCUCACCGUAUUAUUGUGCUCACCAACGAGCCUUUGGCAUCACUUACCCGGAGCCCGGCGGAAUCCGCCCGGAUGACCAAAUGGGCGGUCUUCAUCAGUGAGUAUAAUGUGGUGUUCAGGCCGCGCCCAUCGAUCAAAGGAUUUCAGUUCCGCGUAUCCAACAAUGAAGCUGAAUACGAAGCCCUGAUCAACGGACUGAAGAUUCUUGGCAAGCUGGGAGUGUCCAAGGUUCAAGUAUACAGUGACUCCCGACUAGUGGUGGGACAAAUCACGGGGAAGUUUGAAGCAAAGGAAGAGAGGAUGAAAAGGUAUCGAGACUUGUCCUUGGAGAUGUUGGGAAGGUUUGAGUUUAAGCUUGAACAUAUACCCGGGGCCCAGAACGAGGAAGCUGGUGUUCUAUCCAAGCUCAGCGCAGAAUCACCAGAAUACAUAAGCCGAUUGGCAACUGUCGAGGAGCUGGCAGCUCCGAGUCUCAACAGAGAUGAAACGUUUUGGGUAUCAGCUGAUCCCCCGGAAUGGUUGGACAGGUUGGCCAGAUACAUUGAGGACGGUGUAGCCCCGGAAGAUCCCCAAGAAGCCCGUUUGCUGCGGAUGAGGGCACCCACCUACAAGGUGGAGGAUGGAGUCCUUUAUAAACGGUCUUACAACGGUGUUCUGCUCCGCUGUCUUAGGGCAGCAGAGGCAAAGGUACUGAUGGAGGAAAUACACGAGGGAGUAUGUGCUGCACAUCAGGGUCCAUACUCUAUCUCUAGAAGGGCGAUUAUCCAGGGAUAUUUCUGGCCAACGAUGAGGAAGGAUUGUGAGGAGUAUGUGUGCAAGUGCCCAACUUGUCAACAAUUCCAGAGUAUGCCCGGGAGGCCAGCCACGAACUACACGCCCAUCAGCUCCGUGAUUCCCUUCUCAAGAUGGGGGAUUGAUAUUGUUGGAGCCCUGCCAAAAGGAGUUGGACAGGCAAGUUGGAUAGUGGUGGCCAUUGACUACUUUACCAAGUGGGUGGAAGUUGAACCACUUACUGGGAUAACUGGAAGGCAAAUGAUCGAUUUUGGAAUUCAGCAUACGAAAGUGUCUGUAGCCUACCCUCAGGCUAAUGGACAGGUGGAGAACGUCAACAGGACAAUCAUAAGUGGAAUAAAGAAGAAGCUACUUUCGGAAGGAAGCAAAUGGGUGGAUGAAUUGCCCAGAAUCCUGUGGACGUACAGAACAACUUCAAGGAGGGCUACAGGUGACACUCCCUUCAGCUUAGCUUAUGGUUUUGAAGCCCGGGCUCCAGCUGAGACAGUGAUCCCUACCAGGAGAGAAAUGGGAUAUGACCCGGAAGUGAACGAACAAAAUCAGGCCAUAGAGUUAAAUUUCAUAGAAGAAAGAAGGGAUGAGGCACGAAUCCGGGAAGAGAAUUAUUGACGCCAGGUUCCAUGAAGAGUCAUUUGGACUCAAGGUGGAGUUUGCAUCUGUUGGUGUUUUAGCUUGAGUUAUCUGUUCCCAUGAAUGAGGGAAAUCUAUUUUGGUGUGUCACAACACUUCUGAACUCAAGUGAAACAAUCU